CAAAUAUCUAUUUACAAGCAUAUAAUAAUCUAUGGAAUAUUUUUGAAUCAAAAAUUUGUCUUGAUUUUUUUAAUAGUCAAAAAGAGUAUAUAAGAUUUAUAUGAAGAUUCAAAAGUGUCGACGAAAUGUGUAAGCAAGAUUGACCAUGAUCACCACACCAGGUGUCAAAAGCUCUGUAUGUGCAGUGUUUCAAGUAGGCGUAGUAAAGAUCCACCUGCAUUUCAAGAUCAAGGAAAACCCACAAACAGCUCGCUUGAUUUUCCUCAGAAAUGGACUCGCGAGAGUCGUUAGCACAGCCACCGUCGCUCCAACGGCAUCAACCCCACCACCAACGGCAGCUUCCACCGGCGAUGAUGAUGCAGCCAAACCCAUUCAAUUCCCAUCACCACCACCACCUACCUAACAACUCCAACACUGCUCCGACGAACAACAACAGUAUCAUAAGUCCCGAUUCGUUGCAACAGCGUUUCGCUUUUGAUGGUCCUGACCAGUACGGAGACGGAUCGUCUCCUCCUGGCGGAUUUAGGGCUGGCGGGUUUAGCAUUGAGCCGGCGAGGAAGAAGCGAGGUCGACCAAGGAAGUAUUCCCCGUCGCCUGAUGGCAACAUUGCGCUUGCUUUAGCUCCUGCUCCGGUUACCACCGGAGCUACUGCAGCUGGUGGUGGCGGUGGGCAGUUGGAAUCUUCCAAUGAUGGCGCUACUGCCACCCCGAACACCGAUCCCUCAGCUAAGAAACACAGAGGAAGGCCACCUGGUUCAGGGAAGAGGCAAUUGGAUGCUUUAGGUGCACCUGGUGUUGGUUUUACACCUCAUGUCAUCACAGUUAAAGCAGGAGAGGAUAUAGCCUCGAAGAUCACCGCCUUUUCACAACAAGGACCUCGUACUGUCUGUAUCCUUUCAGCCAACGGUGCCAUCAGCAAUGUCACUCUCCGUCAACCAGCCAUGUCCGGUGGCUCUGUAACUUAUGAGGGGCGGUUUGAGAUAAUAUCUUUAUCGGGCUCCUUCCUACUCGCAGACAGUAAUGGCAACAGCCAAGGCAACCGAUCAAGUGGCCUGAGUGUUUCUCUUGCAGGUUCAGAUGGGCGGGUUUUGGGCGGCGGAGUCGCCGGAUCUUUAGUUGCCGCCACCCCUGUCCAGGUGGUGGUUGGAAGCUUUAUUACAGAUGCAAAGAAACCAAAAUCUAGUGGCGGCACAGCAGCGGCACCACCAGCAAACAUGUUGAAUUUUGGCAGCGGGCCAGGGUCGGUUCCAGGAGCUAGUCCACCAUCUGACGGGCCGUCAAGCGAGUCAUCUGAGGAGAGUGGUGGUGGCGGUGGUGGUGGUGGUGGUGGUGGCAGUCCUCUUCGCCGGCCCACCCCUGGGUCCUAUAACAAUCCCAGUCAGCAACAACCACCACCCAUGCCCAUGUACUCCAACAUGGGGUGGCCAAAUUCCACCAUGAACAUGCUUCGCAAUUGA